UCAGCCCUGGUUCCAGCCUCUAGGGUGCGACCCGACAACUAUGGCGAGGUGGACUGGACUACGGGUGUAUACUUUGGACAUGACAAUGACAAUGAUGACACGGCAAGCUUGUUCACCGUGUUCUGUCAGCGGCCUAUAUCGUUGCCGACACGGGAUCCCGAUUCUGGUAUGGAUACGAAGAUAAACCAGCGAGUUGCAGACAUAUGUUGCCCCAACACCAGCAAAGCACUCGUGGUCCGAUUGGGAGACUUUUACCUGUGGCAAGGAGAUCCUACCACGGGGAAUCUUGAGAUCAACAAUACCGCAACUGUGAAAGCCACUUCCAAGGGGAUAUUUCGAACGCCCUUUGGAGGAUCAGAGGAAACGAACGUGAUUCAAGUGGCUUCCAUUAGCUCGGCGGCGGGCGGAAAUGGCUCUCCGCUGUCCCCAGUGGUCUACAAUCAAAUGCUCUCGAUCGGAGUCUUUGUGAUAGAGGAGAACUCGCCCAUGAGUCACAAAAUGGGAAUCGGUAUUGGCAUCAUAUUCGGAGCAUUGAUUGGUCUCAUUACGGGUCUCUUCUAUGGCCUCGGCAGCAUUCUGGUCCCCACCAUCUAUGACAACGGGGUGGGUGCGAUCUACAAAAACUCAACCUUUGACAACUUUGCUAUUUGCAGUCAGUGGCCCAAUACGUGCGCGGAAGAGGACGGCUUUCUCAUUGACGGCUGGUUCAUUGACAACCCGGCCGUGGUUAUCAAUGUGGGUCACUACCAGCAAAAGAUUGGCGCUACGGAAAGCAAGGGGAAGACGGUCAAGCUCAUCAUCACACCAACACCAAUGAAGAAUGAACACACAUUCAACUACGCCCAGUAUGCAGUACUUUAG